AUGCAAGGUUACGUGCAUACAGGUCCUAUUGAUUGCAACAUCUCAGUUGAUGCAAGUAAUCUAAAGGGGAAGACUGCAAUUGUAACCGGAGGUGCCAACGGCAUUGGAGAAGCUUACGUUCGGGCUCUUGUGGCAGUUGGGGUUCAUGUCUGCGUAGCAGACCUAGAUGUGGAAAAAGGAAAGAUAUUAGAACAAGAACUGCAAAGGUAUGGCGAGCUCAGUGUCAAAUUUGUUCAGUGCAACACAACCAAAUGGGAAGACCAGGUCCGACUAUUCCAUGAAGCAGCACUAUUUUCCGAAACAGGGAAAAUUUCAUAUGUUAUCGCCAAUGCUGGUAUUUACCGUCAGGAUGAAGUCUACUCGUAUUCCGGAGAUAACGAAGAGCCGCAAAAGCCUGAUUUGAGUAUAAUCGACGUAAAUGUCUACGGAAGCCUGUAUACGGCGAAAUUAGCGUCACAUUAUUUCAUCAAACAGAACGGACAGAAACCGUCGUCUGACCAAGAGGAUACAUGUCUUGUUUUGAUAGGAUCCGGGGCAGCAUUCCUUGACUGCCCUCGGAGUCCUCAGUAUUCUGCGAGUAAAUGGGCAAUGCGAGGCAUCAUGCACUCAUUGAGAAGGACAGCCUUUUAUUAUGGAAGUCGUGUUAAUGUCAUUUCUCCAUGGUACGUGAAAACAAAUAUUCUAUCCGAGGCAGAUUUUGCCCAUGUCAGCAGUGUUGGUGUUCAGUUCGCCCAGCCAGAGGAAGCAGGCCAAUGUCUACUGCGGAUCCUUAGCGACAAAAGCAUCAAUGGGCACUCAAUCUUCGUGUCUGGUCGGAAAUGGGCUUCUCAAGGAUAUGUGGACUUGGAUCUGGACGAUUACCCAGGGAGUGCACUCAUUCAGGAGAUUCAAGAGGACCAACUGAAAUCCGCGCCGGUUUCUAAGGGAUUGUUCAUUUAG